GAUUGGUCGCCAUAUCCUACAGGUCGCUCCCUUAACUUUUUCCCAUUUCCUCGCUCUUGCUUCCCUUCUCGACACACUUCCUCUCUCUCUCUUUCUCUCUGUCUCACUCACUACCAAACACACAUUCAUGGCGGAGAAGCAUUUCAAGUACGUAAUUCUAGGUGGAGGAGUCGCCGCGGGAUAUGCUGCAAGGGAGUUUGCUAAACUUGGUCUUCACGCUGGUGAAUUAGCAAUUAUAUCCAAAGAGGCGGUUGCUCCUUAUGAGCGCCCAGCUCUCAGCAAGGGAUAUCUCUUCCCAGAAGGAUUUGCCAGACUUCCGGGGUUUCAUGUGUGUGUUGGAAGUGGUGGUGAACGAUUACUUCAUGAAUGGUACACAGAGAAAGGUAUUGAACUAUUUCUGAACACUGAAAUUGUGAAAGUGGACCUUGCUUCCAAAACAUUAAUAAGUGCAAGCGGAACAACCUUUAAGUUUGGUGUUUUGCUCAUUGCCACUGGUUCCACGGUCAUUAGGUUGUCUGACUUUGGCGUUCAAGGGGCAGAUGCCAAUAACAUCUUAUAUCUUCGAGAAAUUGAUGAUGCUGAUAAGCUUGUGGCAGCAAUUCAAGCAAAGAAAAAAGGAAAGGCUGUGAUUGUUGGUGGUGGAUACAUUGGUCUUGAAUUGGGUGCAGCAAUGAGAAUUAACAACUUUGAUGUCACAAUGGUCUAUCCUGAACCCUGGUGCAUGCCUCGGCUUUUUACUUCGGGAAUAGCAGCUUUCUAUGAGGGCUAUUAUGCAAACAAAGGAAUUAAGAUAAUUAAAGGCACAGUGGCUGUAGGAUUUGAUGCGGAUACAGAAGGAAACGUUAAGGCUGUACAUCUGAAGGACGGAAGGGUGCUGGAUGCAGAUAUUGUUGUUGUUGGUGUUGGAGGCAGACCACUCACAACACUUGUUAAGGGUCAAGUUGAAGAGGAGAAAGGUGGAAUCAAGACAGAUGGUUUCUUCCGGACUAGUGUGCCUGGUGUUUAUGCAAUAGGCGAUGUGGCUACUUUUCCCUUGAAAUUAUACAAUGAACUAAGAAGGGUGGAGCAUGUUGAUCACGCCAGGAAAUCUGCAGAGCAGGCUGUGAAGCACAUAAAGGCAACUGAAGAGGGAAAAGAAAUCGAAGAAUAUGAUUAUCUUCCGUACUUCUACUCCCGCUCCUUCGAUCUUUCAUGGCAGUUUUAUGGGGACAAUGUUGGUGACACUGUCAUGUUUGGGGAUACUAACCCUGUAUCUCCGAAACCAAAGUUUGGUUCAUACUGGAUCAAAGAUGGGAAACUUAUAGGUGCCUUCCUCGAAGGUGGCAGCCCAGAGGAGAACAAGGCCAUAGCCAAGGCUGCUAGGCUCCAGCCUCCAGUUCACAGUGCGGAUGAGCUAGCCAAGGAUGGCCUUACAUUUGCUUGUAAAAUUUGAUUCUUGUUAGUCUUCAUAUCUACUUGAAUGGGUUGGGUUGAUAUUUGAUCCGAACUGUGUUUCUUGUUAGCAAUGUAUUUGGCGGAAGUGCAUUGCCUUUUUACGUCUUGUCUAUAAUAAAAUCAUCCAUGUUAGAUCUA